AUGCUUCAGAGAGGGGAGGGGCAGGGUAAAUCAGAGAGAAACUACCACAUCUUCUAUGAGAUGCUGUCUGGUCUGGAGCCUCACCAAAAACGCUCUCUUUACCUGCAAGAGGCGGAGACAUACUUUUACCUCAACCAGGGUGGUGACUGUGCGAUAGAGGGGAAGGAUGACGGAGCAGAUUUCCGUCGUGUGCAGAGUGCCAUGGACAUCCUGUGUUUCAGUCCUGAUGAGCAGAACGGCAUCUGUAGACUACUGUCCUCCGUACUACACCUGGGGAAUGUAUACUUUCAGCCAUACCAGGCUGAAGGCCAGGAGGUGGCGACGGUGGUCAGUGAUCAGGAAAUCAGAGUGGUAGCUGAGCUGCUCCAGAUCUCUCCUGAGGGACUCAAGAAGGCCAUCACACACAAAGUCACGGAUACAGUCCGGGAGAAGAUCUACACUCCCCUGACAGUGGAGAGUGCUGUGGAUGCCAGAGACGCUGUUGCUAAGAUCCUGUACUCGCUGCUGUUUCAUUGGCUGACCGAGAAGAUAAAUGGGCGGGUCUAUCCUCGCAACGAGGCUCUGUCCAUCUCUAUACUGGACAUAUACGGCUUCGAGGAUCUGUUAUUCAACAGUUUUGAGCAGCUGUGUAUCAACUAUGCCAACGAGACGCUGCAGUUCUACUUCAACAAGAUCAUCUUCAGGGAGGAACAGGAGGAGUACAUCCGGGAGCAGAUCAGCUGGCAAGAGCUUCCCUUCAGCGACAACCAGGCCGUCAUCAACCUCAUCGCCGCUAAGCCUCAUGGGAUACUGAGGAUCCUGGAUGACCAGUGCGGCUUCCCCCAGGCGACAGACCACACCUUCCUCCAGAAGUGCAACUAUCACCACGGGAACAGCGAUCUGUAUGCCCGGCCAAAGAUGCCCCUCCCAGAGUUCACACUGAAACACUACGCUGGGAAAGUCACAUACCAAGUGCAUAAGUUCCUCCAUAAGAACUUUGACCUGGUGCGUCAGGACGUUCUGGAGCUGUUCAGUAGCAGUACGAACCGCAUGGUGUCCAACCUGUUCCUCCAACACAGUGAGGGGCUGGCGUCUCAGCAGCGUUCUGCCGCCAGAAGGGGCUCCACCGCCCGCCGUCUCGCCGGCAACACCGUCAGCGCCAAGUUCCAGAGCAGUCUGCAGGACCUGGUGGAGAAGAUGGAGAGAUGUAACCCGUACUUUGUACGUUGCAUCAAGCCAAACCAGCACAAGGAGCCGGGCCAGUUUGAGACGGAGCUGGUGAAGACUCAACUACGUUACUCUGGUAUCCUGGAGACCAUACGCAUCAGGAAGGAGGGAUACCCAAUCAGGAUACCCUUCUACCAAUUCCUCAACAGGUACAAGGCGUUACUGUGUCUGAAGGAGGUACCUCCAGCGGACGGGGAGACCUGUGUUGAGAUGAUCCAUAAACUCUGUCCUGUUAAACCUGGAACAUACCAAGUAGGAGUUACCAAGAUGUUCCUGAAGGAGGAGCUGUACCAACUGAUGGAGUGGAAGCGUGAUCUGGUGUUCCACGUGGCUGCCGUGACCCUGCAGCGUUACACACGGCUGUACUUCAUCAGGAAGAGACGGAACAAGUUCCGAAACACCAUGAUUCAACUACAGACCUUCUGUAGAGGACACCUGGCAAGGAAGAGGUUUGCUCUGAAGAGGAAGUACCUCAUCAAGUUCCGUUCCAUCGUGUUGCUCUACAUCAACCGUCGAAGCUAUGUGAAGGCGGAGAUCGAGCCAAUCAGGAGAGCCGAGGAGGAGUUCAGGAGGAUAGAGGAGGAGCGGGCCAACAGAGAAGUGGUGAACGUUACAACUCUGCCCAUCCCUGCUGAGUUGGGGUUUCUGCUGCAGGCUUCCGCAGGUGGCAGGGAGCUCCACUCUGAGUGUGGCAGGGAGCUCCACUCUGAGUGCCUAGCUCUGGUCCAGGCCCCUAAGGUCCAGGUGGAUCCUCAGCUGACUCUGCCGUUGAACAUCAACAACUACCUCAUCACUCACUACAUAAGGACCAUCUUCAGGGAAGCUUUGUUUGGGAUGUUGUUUGCUCCGUUGGAGCGCUCUCUGACCCGGGUGGACGAGGAACUGAAUCAGCCAGCGGUGGACGUCUUUAUGCUGAUUCUGAGGUUCAUGGGGGACCCCGACCUGAACGGAGCUCAGGAGAACCUGUUUGGGAACUACAUCAUCCAGAAAGGACUGGCCAAUCAGAGCCUCCGAGAUGAGAUCCUGGCACAGGUAGCAAAUCAAGUCUGGCGAAACGUCAACCCUCAGAACUCAGAACGCGGGUGGCUCCUCCUCUCCGCCUGUCUCUCCUCCUUCCAUCCCUCGCAACGGCUGGAAAAAUACCUCCUCAAGUAA